AUGAAAAGACAUUUUAAUUACACUGACGAAUGUAAUCCAUUUGGUGAUAAUACAUUAUCAACUCCAUUUGUUUGGAAACUAAAAAAUAAAUAUGAAAAAAUAAAAAAUGACAAUAAAGUAAAAUUAACUACUAAUACUUUAUUAGAAAAUUCUAUUUCUAAAAUUAGUGAAAUUGAAGAAGUUAAAAAAAGAAGAGAAGAAAGAGAAAAAGAAAGAUCACUUUUAGAGGAUUAUAAACUUCAGUUAGAAAAACAAAGAAAUCAAAUUAACAUUAAAGAAUACAAAGAAAAAGAACAAAUUUUUUUUAUCAAUCAAGAAAUCCAAUCAUCUAAUCAUAGAAUUAGUCAUAAUAUUGUUCAACCAGUAGAUAUAUUUAGGAUGGCCAUCAAAAUUAUAAAUGAUGAAGAAAUUCAAAAUAUUUAUCAUUCUUAUUUUAAGUUUCCUUUUUAUAAUAUUCUUGAAGGCUUAAAAGAAACGGAUUUAGAAAAUUGUGGAAAGCAAAUAAAAUUACAUAUGUUACAUGAUAAAAUAUUUAAUGAAGAAAAAUAUCAGAAGUAUUGGGAAUCUCUUUUAUACUUUUCUGGAUUUUAUUUAGAUAAUCUGAAUAAUGAUUUAAAUCAUAAAGAUGAGGAUGAAAAAACCAGCAAAAAAAUUGAAUCAUUUUUUGAAAACAAGAAUUUUGAUGAACUAACAAUAUUUGAAGAAAAGAUUAAAAAAAAAAUAGUUAGUGAUGAUUGUAAUUUUGAUGUAAACUAUUGGAAUAGUGUUUUACUAAAAAUUCCUUAUUUUAAAUCAAAAUAUAUUCUAGAUGAUUUUCAUAAAAAAUUAUGUGAUCGCAUUUCUAUUAACAAUGAAAAUACUUAUUUAUCUCAUAAGGUAUCACAAAAUAAUGAGAAAAAUGAUAUAAUAAAAAAAGAAGAAGAAAAAAGUAUAAAGAAUACAUUCGAAUGUAAAAGUCCACUUUUAUUUUCAUUAGAAUCAUUUGAAGGUGAUGACAUUUAUAUAUAUAAUUCUGAAGAAGAAUUAGAAGAAAGAAAAAAAAUAAAUGAAGAAAUUUUAAGUAAAUUAAAAAAGAAAGAUAGUAAUAGUGAAAAAAUAAAUGAUAUUGAUGAAGAAGAUAUCAUAAAUAAAUUUUAUAAAAAAGAUAAAGAAAUUUAUGAUAAUUUUGUAAGAAGAGAAAAAAAAAAAGGAAUAAAAGAUGAAAUAAUAAUGAAAGAUAUAUCUCUAAAUGCAAUAGCUAAUUCAUUAAAGUGUUCAUUAUUUGUUACAAGAAAACCUUUAUAUUUUAAUAGGAUUAAAACAUCAUUUGAUUGGAACAAAUAUAAUAAAACUCAUUAUGAUUAUGAAAAUACUCCACCUAAAUAUAUAUGUGGGUAUAAGUUUAAUAUUUUUUAUACAAACUUGUUAAAUAAAAAAAAACCACCUACCUGGAAAUUACAACAGACUGAUGAUGAAAAUAAAGUUCUUAUUAUUUUUCAUGGGGGAGCCCCUUAUUUGGAUAUAGCUUUCAAGAUUGUUAAUGCUGAAUGGUCUUUUGAUAAAAAUAGAGGAUUUAGAAAUGUUUUCGAUAAAGGGAUUUUACAAUUAUAUUUUAAUUUUAAAAAAAAGAGAUACAGAAGAUAA